AGGGAUAAUAAAUGGUAGAAGCAGAGGGUUUUUGUCUGUGUCUCUGAUUGCAGCAGUGGUCAAGAAUUCUUACCUAGAGCUUCAGCUUGAGGAGGAAUUAAGGGCUCAAUUCUUUUCCCCUCUUCUCAUCUUCUCUAGUACAAUGGCGGCAGGAAACAUUACCUCGAAUGUGAUAGUUCCUCAAGUUCUUGCAGAAAGCAAUUACGAAGAAUGGAGCAUUUGUAUGAAAAACUAUUUAAUUGCUCAUGAUCUUUGGGAUGUUGUUGAAGACUCAAGCAAUGUGAAUCUGGCAGACAAGGCUACAGCCGGUUUGAAUAAAAAGAACGCUGAAGUUCUACAUGCCUUUCAAAUCUCAUGUGCAACUGGAACUUUUGCCCAUAUAAAGGGUGUCAACUCAGCCAAAGAUGCUUGGGGCAAAUUAGCCGAAAGAUAUAAAUUGAAGCAAAAAUGGCAACUGCUAAGGAAGGGACAGCAAUCAAGUGAAGCAGAGUUAUCAGAAAUAAUACAAUGGUUUCAAGGAACUACUCCAGAAGCACCGGAUUGCAUUGACAGGCUUACGUAUAUGAACAUGUACAAGUCUAUUUUGUUUCAAAUGGAUUGCAGAACUAUAAUUCAAUUUAUAAAGGAUCAUCCAACUGCAAAAGUUGCAAGAUUUGUGCGCAAAGGUUUCCCCAUUCUUAAUAUGGUAAUUUCAACUAAUAAUUUAACAAGGGUUAAACAAUUGAUAAAGACAAUGUCAAAAAAAGAACUGGAAACAACAACAGAUCAUGAGGGUAAUACAGGUCUUGCAAUUGCUGCAGUUCUGGCCUCCACAGAGAUUGCAGAGUACUUAAUCACAAAAAACCAGAAUUUGGUCACCAUCCCAGAUAAGAAUAGGAUGAUUCCAGUUGUGAAGGCAAGUUACCACAGAUAUAACGAAAUGACACAGCUUUUAUACUCGAAGACUCCAACUGGAUUCCUAGCUCCAGAGAAUGGUGACCAUGGUUCCUUGCUACUUCAUUUUUGUAUACUUAACAAAAUGCUUGAUAUUGUUUGGGACCUACUGCACCGUUAUCCACGUUUGGCAUUCACUAAAUUUGAAGUCAAUAAUCAGGAGUCGACUCCAAUUAUAACAUUGUCUGCUCAACCUUCUUUAUUCUAUAGUGGAAGUGAGCUUUCACUUUUACAACAAUGGAUAUAUUAUCGUAUAAAGGUGGAGCCGCCAGUUGCAUUCUGUCCGACUUAUAAUGUGGAGAUCGAACAAGAUAGCGUGAAAACGCAAGUGCCAGAUAAACGACAGGGGUUGAGUUCAAUCCUCCUAAAGUUAUCAGGAAUGAAGCACAUAUACGAACAAAAGCUGAUCCAUGAACAUGCCAAAUAUAUUGUGCAUGGGAUAAGUUGUGAAUUAUCAAAAUUAAAUGCAAGAGAGCUCAUUGAGAGUGGAGCUAUCCCUGCAUUCUUUCAAGCUGUCCAGCAUGGCAUAACGGAGUUUUUCAAUGUAAUAGGUGCAUGUUGUCCAGAUUUACUUGCAAGUGCUGAUGAAAAUUCAAGGGAUGCGUUCAUGCAUGCAAUUGAAUAUCGUCAAGAAAAAUUUUUUCACAAUGAAGAUCUUUCCGGGGAUAAGAUGUUUCUCAUUGCUUACAGAGAUAAGGACAACAAUAAUGUGCUACAUAUGGCAGCGAAGUUAGCUCCUAACUCUUUUCUAACUCGAAUCUCUGGUCCUGCUUUGAAGAUGCAAAGAGAAUUACGAUGGUUCAAGGAGCUAGAGACUCUUGUUCCGGAGUGUAAAGAAUUUGUUAAUCGUAAUGGAGAAACUCCUCAGCAAGUGUUUAGUAGGGAUCACAAGCAAUUGGCAAAAGAAGGGGAAGAAUGGAUGAAGCAAACAGCUCAAUCUUAUACUGUAGUUGGUGCCCUUAUCAUCACUAUUAUGUUUGCUGCAGGCUUUACUAUUCCCGGCGGUAACAAUCAAGAUACUGGUUUCCCCAUAUUCUUACUUAACAGAUUAUUUAUGGUGUUUAUGUUGUCAGAUGCAAUUUCUUUGUUCAGUGCAUGCACUUCAGUUUUGAUGUUCUUAGGAAUCCUCACAUCUCGGUAUGCUGAAGAAGAUUUUCUGAAGUCAUUGCCAACCAAGUUGAUUAUCGGCAUUUGCACACUCCUCAUCUCUAUUACAGCAAUGAUGGUAGCUUUUUGUGCUACUGUUUCAAUCAUGUUACAGGGACGAUGGUGGGUAAUCAACUCGCUAGUUCUGUUUGCCAGCAUUCCGGUGAUUGUCUUUUUGUUAUUGCAAUCUCGGCUUCUUAUUGAGAUUUUACAGUCAACUUAUGGAUCUGGAAUCUUUAUUAGGAAAAGAUUCUUUAUAAGAAGAAUGACAAUCUCAAUAAUAGAGAAGAUAGAGAAGAAAUUUGCAAGGAAAAAUGAUGUGGAGCAGAAUGAGUAGUCUUAGGGAGGAAAAUGAUCCCUGGCAAUUAAUCUUUGGGAUGUUAUUGAAUCUAGUGAUGUGCUGCCUUUUAUUGAUGAAGAUCGAGGCUACUGCUAAUUGGAGGACAAAGAAUGCUGCAGCUUUACACGCACUUCAAAUCUCAUGUGUACCUACGAUUUUCGCUCGGAUGAAGUACAAAUCAGCCAAAGAUGUUUGGAAUAAAUUGGCUAAACUAUAUGAAAGAAAGUGUAAAUGACUAUGUUACUGUUGCAAUUGAUUUUAACUUUUUUAUAUUGUGAAGUCUAUUGAGUGUUGUUAUGUGUUACUUGUUAUAUUUUUUAUGCAUAUGAUUUAUCGUGAUUGUAAUUAUU